CUUUUCGAGGGUGCUUGGGGAUCGACAUGCAUAAGCGCAAGCCAGAUGCUUGACAUUUCAUGUCUCGUAUAUAACUAUAACUUAAUGUGGUACGAGUUAAUUGUAUAUGAGACAUCUUAUCUGGAUCAAUAAGGCCGGGAUUAUAAUAUCCAUCUUGUAACUAUUCAUUCACAAUCUAAUAAGUUACAAGAACAAGCUAGCAAUGGCUGAUAAAUUCGGGGUCAUCCCGCGCAAACCCCAUGCCACUUACUAUCUGCCACUACAUAGUGGUAUCUCUUAUCGCAGAGAUCAAUCUCUGAACCUUUGCUCCACCGUCAUGGCAAGAACCAUAGGAUUGACUUUAUUCCUUGGUGGUCUGGUACCCGGGACAAUGAAUUGCCUCUACAGCAGAAGAAACCGUAGAGUAUACGUACCAGGCAUUUUCCAGUUAAUCCGAAGCCCACCGGCAAUUAGCGAUCGCGAGGAAUAAUGAAUAGUAAUCUCCAGGUGGGGAAAUUCCCGA